GAACACGCCUCUACUCCAACACCAGUGAUCAUGCAUGCAGACGAGAGCUCGUUCAACACCCAGGCUUUCAAGCCGCUGGGCACAACGAUGGCAGCUCUUACAGGCGACGGACUAGCGAGGACGUUUCUGGACAUGGGCGUCCUUGGCGUCCUGCUGGUUGGUGCAGCGCUGGCGAUCUUGGUGCGAACCACGUGGAAGAAGAAGCGAGACGAGAGAGUUGCUGAGCCAGCAGUGCAUACUGCAGAGCUUAGACGGAAGCGCAUAGCGAUGCUGGGCUCUCAGGUCAACAGCACUCCCAUUGAGCGUCGGACCACUGCCACCACCACCAACUCCAACGCGAAGGUGAAACAUGCCCCCAAGAAGAGAGUUUCAAGGACCAAAAGGACGGACGAGCUCGUGCACGCCGAACCCGAGGGAAAGGUCAGCACGGUGGCGAGCCGUUCGGAGCUUCGAAGAAAACGCGAGGCCUUCGUCGCGGGAGCAACUCUGCCCCCCGCCGACAGCGGGAGCACUAGCCAGCGGGACGAAGACAGCAAUGCAAACCUCCCCGGUGAGCUGUCGUCGUCGUCCGCAGCUACAACAAGAAGAGCUUCGAGGACCUCGUCGCCGCCCUGCUCCCCGCCGCCGCCGACCGCCUUGGCCGACGCAACCGCCACCGCCGCCGCCGCCGCUGCGGCGGAAACGCCUCCUUCUGCCAUUGAAACAGAGCAGCCGCCCUGCACCUCGGCCUCAGCUCCAAUGACCACGUCUCUAGAGGAAUCUAGGCCCGGGCAGCCAUCAGAUCUGAGUGAGCUGCUGGAGCUGCUGGCAUCAGGGGCCCGUCCAGCAUACGAGGCGCUGAUUGGCAUCGUCUGCGUCGACGAGAUCGGCAAUGAUCUUUCUUGGAGGAGCCGAGGCGACGGUCCCGCCGGCCCGGACACCACGGCGGGCGUUUGUCGGAGGUGGUGGGAUGCCGCGAUAGGGGCCGGGGAGGCGGAGGCCGCGCGCGUGGCUGCGGACGUGCUUGGUUUGCACCUCGAUGCCAUGCAGGACGAUAUUUUCUCGAGUGCCGAUGAACAGGGUGGUGCUCUACUGCUAGCGUUUCUGGGCACCUCGCCUAGCCCGUUGAUGGUUCGCCACGUCUUCCUAGGGAAUCCAUCAGCGGCAAGGGCGUCCCUGCGGCUCGCUGUUGCAGCCUUAAGUGAGGUGCGAGGGGAAGCAACACCGCCAGGAGCCCAGGUCCCCGCUGGGCGGCGGGGGACGAGGGCUACAGCACCACCGGCCAACGCGACAGCUUGGGCGGACACGGCUCAGCGCCUAGAGGCGUGGCAGCCUCUGGAGGGGCUCGAGAGCCUACGGCUGCUUCGGAGCGCCGCCGGUGCCGCUGCUUUGGCGGCCGUCCUCGGCCUUGAAGCGCGCCAGGAGUACGCGCACGGCGCCGAGUUCGAGUCCGAGUCCGUGCUUGGGCCGCUGCUUGGCGGGCUGUCGUGUGUCUUGACGCUCAACGAGCACCUCCGAGCGGCUCAGGAGAACGCUGGAGUCAAUCCGUACUUGUCCGGCUCGCCGUCUCUAGGGAACCAGAUGGCCCAACCGCUGGAGCAAGAGGCGUGGAAGAGAGUGCCGGCGGCGCACAGGCUCGCCAGGCGUCACGCCAUCCUCAGGAAACCUGGGCCCCGCGCCCGCAACGCCGCGGUCCAUGAGUUCAACGCCUCCGUCGAGACGGCGAAGCGGAACAGGCAGAGCUUCGUGGCGCUCGUCGAAGGAGCGCUGGUGAAGGCGAUGACCACCAAGGGCGUUGCACGCGAGUCCAAAUUCGACGUUUGCGCUUGGCUCUCCAGGGCCAUCUUCCUCCACGAAGGCCUCCCCGAGAUGUGCAACGACCACAGCGCGCCGGAGCUGUUGGGCGGGGAAGGGUCGACAUGCGCUUCCUCGGGGUUCCUGAUGAGCUUCUCGGCCCUGCUGCUCCGCAUGGGAGUCGGGCUGUUCUCCUCUGUUUGCCCCAAGAGCAUGGACUUGGUCGAGAUCGACUACGUCGAAGGAGGUUCGGUGAACUGGUCGAGCGGCCUGCCGGCAGCCUCGAUUGACGACGACGACGAUCCCGACGACUGCGAGGGCGAUAAGGAGGUCGGCCAUAGAGACGGGAAAUUUGAAGGGGGUGUAGCCGAAGCAGCAGAAGCUACACCAGCACACGAAAGUGGAGGCGUCGAAGAGGAAAAAGACCGGAGGGCAGGAGAACAGCGAGAGAGCAGUGGAGAGGCUGCAGCGGCUGCCACGAUUUGCGGGGGUGGUGAUAACGUCGAAAACGAAGUGGCUUCGGCGGCGGCGGCGGCGGCGAAUGACGAAGGAGAAGAGGAAGAGCGAGAGCAAGAAGAACCACCUCGACGUAGCUUCAGUUUCGCGACCGAGCUCUUUUUCCUCACUCACCGCGCGCUCCAGGUGAUCGUGAGCCCCCUCGACCGCCGGCGAGGGGAGAUGCGCAAGAGAAUCAGCGACAUAGCGCUUGCCAGAACGGGGCGCUCUCUCUCCGGCCGCGGCGAUGCCGAAGGGGAGGACGAGGCAGGCCGCGGCACGGCCGGGUUUGCGCUCAAGAUCUUCAAAGAAGCGGACUCCGCCAUCUCUCUCGCCUGGUCCGUGGAAGGCUUCAGCUCGAACGCGGUCACGGGCCACGCCUGUCAGCUGGCACUCUUCUCCGCGGCGUGGCUCGAGCUAUACAUCGGCGAAGGUAACGCCACUAGCAGCAGCAACGGUUUGCGGUCCCCUUUCGGUGCCCCCCCCCCCGUUGCGGCCUCUGAGGGUAUCGCGAGCGCAGCAGCCGCGUCGGCGACGUCCGUGUCGAAGAUAGCCCCUUCGCUGAUCGAGACGAUCUGCGCCUCCUGGGUGCGGGGUGCCUCGAACGGUCGAGACGAACAGUUCCUGAGUCGCCGGGCUGCGGAGGACGCGGCCACGUUCUGCGGGAAGAUCAUGGAGCGGGUGGACCUCCGCCUGUCGCCGGUAACGCAGAACAAGCUCGUGGAAGUCCUCGAGACCCUCAUCCAGACAGGCACUUGGGCCCUAGAGAAGGACGAGAGAGGCCGGAGCGGAAGCAGCAGAAACGGCCCCGUCGCAAGGUCUGGGGGAUUCAGCGGCUCCAUGUACUGGGGGAAUCGACGCGGGUAUGCCGGGGCCAUCUUGGACAGCGAAGAGCUGAGGACGUCGCUCCCGCGACAGCUCAUGAGGCUGUACGCGUCGGUUCAGCAGAUCGAAGGGAUGGCCGCGACCGAAUACAUCGGAUAUUUUAAGUUUAGCGUCCGGGUGCGCGUAGGCACCAUCCUCCUUCAGCUGUGGUCUCAUCCUCUGGGAGAACCUCGACGGGUGAUCCUCGACCUCGUUCGCGCCUCGAUGGCCACAUCGACAACGGCGGCGUCAACCCCGCCGUCGCCGGACGUAGCCACGGCCACUGGCGGUGUGAGCAUGUCGGGCGGCGGCGGCGGCGGUAGAACGACGACAGCGGAGACCGCUUCGGCGGAUGCCAGGCCUCUGGCGACGGAGUUCUUCAUCUCCGCCUUCGACACGAUCAACUAUUUCUUCAACCUGGCCUUGGACCACCUGAGGGACGGCGUGAUCGAGGAGAGGGGCAACGGAGGCAGGUCCCUCGAGGCCGGCCAUGAGCACUGGCACAAAUACAUGUCCGAUCGAAAGCAGGUCGUCUCCGCGCUCAAGAACAUGACAGUCCCGGUCCUGACGCUCUUGACCACCCUCGGCGAGGAGAAGGAGGUGAUGGAUGCCCUCCGCGUUGGAGAGCUGGGAGCGCGCUCUGCCGCCCUGCUGUCGGGCAUGCUCCGCUCUCUCUACGGCGAGGAGUCGGCCGCGUUUGCGGUGGCCGAUCCGAACGCGUGGGGAUUCGACAAGGCCGAGCUAGGAGGGAUGGCCUGUGACCUGCUGGUCGGCCUCACAGCGCACGGCGACGCUGCCCCCACCCGAGCCUUCGUUGCGGCGUUGCACCACGCCGACUCGGAGUUCGACGGCCGGCUGCUGGAGGCCGUGGCGGCGGGGGAGGGCGGCGCGGGCCUUAGCGGGACGCCGGCGUUGGCGCGCUUGACGCGGGCUCUGGAAGCGGAUGACGAGGACCGCCGUAAAAUGCAGGAGGAGCAGGCAGCAGCGGCCGCCGUGGCAGGAGAAGGAGGACUGGGUACCGGCGGCAGCGGAGAUCCGUUUGAAGGGGUUCCGGAAAUGGCAGCGGAUGAUGAGGAGUUGGUCCGCGAGUACGGCGACGCCAUCGCAGACCUAGUGCACACCCAGGUGGAGUCGCUGUCUCCCGGGCACUACUUCGACAGCCGAAGGGAGGGUUCCACCCUUACUUACCCCCGCAAGGUGGCCACCGAGAUCAUGCGCAAGCUCCCCCGGAUGCUCCCGAACCCACCGCACCCGAACUCCGCGGUGUUCGCGGUGGUCGAGGAGGACGCCCUCAAUUUUUCCCGCUUCGUGAUCUCGGGGCCCGUGGACACCCCGUACGAGGGCGGGCUGUUCGUGUUCGACGUGUUCUUGCCGUCUAACUACCCGUCCGACCCGCCCCUGGUGCAGAUGAUUACGACCGGCCAGGGCACGGUCAAGUUCAACGUGAACCUUUACUCCGACGGUAAGGUGUGCCUCAGCCUCCUCGGGAGUGCUACCGGGGCCAGCGCGAGCGGUGGAGACAAGUGGAACCCCGAGACAAGCUCGCUGUGGCAGGUGUUCGCAUCCAUCCAGACCCAGGUGCUCGUCAAGGACCCGUACUACAACGAAGGUGGAGGGCGUAGCAACAUGCGGGGCCGAGGGACCGCGGAGACGGAAGAGGCCUCCGCCCACGAGAACGCCCGCGUGACCCUCGAGACCAUCCGGCACGCGGCCGUCGCCAACCUCCGCCACCCGCCCAAAGGUUGCGACAAGCUCAUCAGGCACCAUUUCCACAGCCUCCGAAAGCGGGUGCUGGCGAGGUGCCGGAGGGCCGUCGAGGAGGCCCCCAACGAGCGCCUCAAGAGGGCCACGCUGCGAGCGUCGGCGGAGUUGAGGGCCGAGAUGGACAAGCUCCCUCAGCAGCUUGCCGGCGAAGUUGAGGGCUGAGGUAGUCGGACAAGCUGCUGUUGCUAGUUGAUCUCGAUUUACGAUUUUGUUUGAGAAGUGACGUUGUGUCCAAGGGAAGUACUCGGAACAAGCAUGGGUGGUAACGCCCUUUGAUUACGCAACACGUAGGGACAACUUGUUGAGGAAGAGAAGAACACGAGUGGUUAUGAGGGACGUGUCUCGGCCCGGCCUCCAUCACCACCUUGAGCGAAACGAACCGGAAAGAAAUCGGGGAAGGACACUGAAGAGGAAUCGCACACAUUGGUUGUGAGCCCACCAAUGGAGUUCCUCGGUCAGCGAGUACAUGAUGCGGUCGACAUCAUAUGGUGAAAUGUUGCUUGAUCCUGGGAAGGUAAUGUUACCAACCCUAAAACCCCACAGGUGAUGAAUAUGUGGGGGUAAACGUGAUGGGUGAUUAUUGGGAGGGGUGGUUGAUUGGGCAAGGAGGCCAGACCCUUGGUUUGCGUCCGUCGGUGUGAUUUUUUCGUCUUGCACUUUUACCCUAAUAAUUUUGUCUGCUUAUCUUCUUCGUUUUACUUCAGGCGUUAAUCAGCGUCAAUAUCCCGGUUAUCAUUCCAGUCCCGGCGUAUCAUGGUUUGCACAAGGGGAGCCGCGCCAAGAGGAAGAUUGUAGGUUGCGUUGCAUGGUGCCGUUUUAUCUUUCAAAACAUAACUUUAUCCUCUGCAGACGUAGCUCUAAGUUAGGAGAGUGUCAUGUCACCAAAACUUUUUCGACACUCGGUCGGCCAAUAUGUAGACACAGGCGAGCGGUGUACCAGAAGCUUAUAGCCUCUCGGGUGGCAGCCUCCCUUGCAUGCGUUGAUGCCGUUCUUCGUGUCGGCACCGGCAUGUCUACGCGUCAAAAUCUAUGACAACCCAUUUUCGCUACCGGAAUCUUUCUAUAGGUCUUAAAGAACAUCCUCAGUAUUCGCCCAAGUAAGCUCAAAACGAGUGAUGCCCGUGCAGUAUCAAAAUCCGUGCACCAUUCCGAGAACACUGUCGUCUACAGGCAGCACGGGAAAUCCUUCAUCAUCAGUACCCCAGAGGCAUAGUUCACUGCCCCCAACCGGUGUAAACCGCACCCCAAACGGACCUCGCAACGCACCAUCAAGCAACAGCCGUAGCGUCAUCCUCCUGACCCGCUAGCUACCGCUGUUCUUGCCAACCGACCAACCGCUGCCCUCAAGCACGAAAAAAACUGCCCCAGCGUCCCUCUCGCUACUCUCGUGCCACGGAGUCCGCCAGGCGUUCGGCGGCAAGGUACGCGUAGUCCUCAUCCGCGCUCCAGAGCUCAACACUCUCCCCGUCAUCACCGCCACCCCCAUCCUUCUUCUUGUUCGCCGCAGCAACGACGGCCAUCGCCUCGCCUAGCAUGCCGAGGACGCCCCCCGUGCCGCUCGAGAAGGCCGAGGCGUUCUCGCGGCUCACGACCGCGCCGGCCACUUGGAGCUU